CGGAAGUGACGUAGUGAGAGGUCAGAGUUCAUUUGGUGUCAACACAUGUGCCUUCCCUGUAGCCAUGCGUUUGAGGUAGAGAUCUUUCUGUGUUAAUAUCUGUGGUUAUUUAAACUUCAACAUGCCACGAGACGUUUCAUCUUCAUCAAGUGAAGAAGAAGAAGACAGUCCCCCGACGAAAUCACAUCAGAAGCAAAAACAAAGCAAUAAGAAACCCACCAGGUACCAGUGUCCUGCAGACUUUGUGUCUUUCAGCCAUAAGCCCUGCAGCAGCACUCUAACUGAGAGUCUGAAGAACAACAAUAACGAGCUCUGGCUUAUAAAGGCUCCUUCAAACUUCAAACCAGAAUGCUUCAGUGGCAUCAACCUGCCGCUCUCAGGUCUCCGGACUGUGAAGGUUCCUACAGCUGCAGGUGGAGGGCAGACUGGGGGCAGCAAGCAGAUCUUCAGCAUCCUGGCGUCCCCACAUGGAACAUCAGAGCUCUGUCUGCUCACCGGUGACAAGCUUCAGUCAGAUAGUCACACUUUUGGCCCCGCUUUCUCCGGUCUGCUGAACGUGUGCGAGAGCUACGGAGGCAGCAGCGCCAACCAGACGCCGCACGUCAUCCCCGCCACUCCGGCACCCUCCAUCCCUCCGGGGCUCAAGCAGCGGUUCCUUCCCUUCGGCAGUAAGACCCCCACGCGGAGCUGCGUGGCUAAGACUGAGGUGGACGCCGGAGCCACAUUUGGAUCAUCGUCUAAGACUUUCCGCCCGUGGUUGGUCAAACGAUCCGCAGAGGAAACAUUGCAGGAGGAAGAGGAGGAGGAGGAUGAAGGGCGGAAAAAGAAGAAGAAGAAGAAGAAAGACAAGAAAGAAAAAAGAGUGAAAACGGAGGUGUUAGACAACUAUUUGGAAAUGGGGAUAUUAAAGGAGGAGCCUGUGUUUGAAACUCAGGAGGAAGUGAUGAUGGAGCUCCCGGUGGAGGAAAAGAGGAAGAAGAAGAAGAAAAAGAAGGACAGGGAGCGAGAGGAGGUGGAGGAGAGCGUGGAGCCCAGCGUGAGGGUGAAGCAGGAAGUAGUAACGGUGAAAACUGAACCAAUAGACAUUUUGUACGGAGAUUUAGAGGAGGGAUCGGGGAAGAAGAAGAAGAAAAAGAAGAAGAAAAACAGAAGUGAUGAUGACUAGUCUGUCGUCUAUUUCCUGUUUUCUCUUAGUUGUGUUUAUUAUUGACCUUUGAACCCUUCUCUAAUAAUAAACUCCAGACUAUUGAUGGGUUUCAGAAUGUGAGGCUCACUCUGGCAGGACAUUGAAUCCAUAAUAAAACAUCUGUCAUCAAUUGAUCAGUGACAUGAAUACGAGACUCUGAGGCCAACGUUCCUCCGAUGAUCUGAGGUCAGAGAGUGACACUUUUAUAUGUCGAGAGCCACAGGCAUCUGUGAGCACGGCACAUUUCACUGUUCCCCUCCAGUUUCUGAGAAGCUGUGGUUCAUUUUAGAGUUGUGUUGCUGUUUUUGAGUACAUUUUUACACAACCAGACUGGACAUCACGGGUGUGUCAGCCGGUUCAGAAGAAUAAUUCAUCUUGACGUUGUUUUCUUAUUUUUCAUGGAGUCUGAGUCAUGUAUUGGAGGAAUGAAAAACCACAGAAUAAAAAUCCAAAAGUGAUAAAAGAAAUGAAAAUGAAAAA